AUGAAGACCGCUAUAUUACUCCCGCUUCUCCAUGCUCUCAGUCUGCUCUCUGAAGCAGCGGCCUACUCGAAUCACGACGAAACCUGGGCUCUUGGGAAUGGAUACAGUUUGCAACGAUCUGCAGAAAAGAUCCUAAUCGCUGACCAGAAAGAUGUCAUAUGGAGUGCAGCUCUACCAUUUCUGAGCGCGAGCGCUGGUCAGGACCAGAUCUCCGGAACAAGCGGCGCCUUCAACAUUACUAAAGUGGACGAAGCCAUCUGCCAGGAACAGGACAUCUCGAGUAUAUCAAAGACUCAAUGGGAUGAGGCGGUGAAUGGGGCUGCCGUUCAACUGGCAGGCUCACUGCUGGACUGCGGUGAUGAGGAUAUGACUUAUAUUGCUACGUUCUGGGUCCCAGAAGAUCUCAGUGAUAGGAUUGCGUUCGACAUCAAGGUCUCAUCUGGAUCAUCUGGACGGACGUAUCAGAGAGUGUAUCUCACGUUUGAUUCAAAUGCUGACGAAGACAUCUACGGGCUGGGUGCGCAGGCCAGCUUUGCUUCGUUGAAGGGCCAGGACGUCCCCGUCUUCACUAGAGAACAGGGCGUCGGAAGAGGUGACAUGCCGGUGACACAAUAUGAGAAUGCCAACGGGACAUUCGCGGGAGGAAAUCGUUUCACCACGUACACUUCAAUCCCGUCAUAUGUCUCAACGGACAGCAACGGGUUCUAUUUGUCUCUGGACAGCACAGCUCUCACUUUUCUCGACUUCACGAAGUCGGACACAACCACAGUCAGAUAUGGGGCACUCAAUUUCCGUGGAGCACUAUUCCGAGCAUCGAACAUGUUCGAAGCAGUCGAGCGGCUUACCGCUUAUACUGGUCGAAUGCCAGCUCUACCAAGCUGGGUAGAUGAGGGUGCAGUACUCGGUGUUCAAGGCGGUCAACGCAAGGUAUCGAACAUCGUACAGGAAGGGCUAGAUCUCGAGUGCCCCAUUGCUGCCGUUUGGUUGCAGGAUUGGUCUGGAACUCAUGCUCAGGAGGGUCCCUAUAUCAAUGUCUCGCGGCUAUGGUGGAACUGGGAGAACGACGAGGUUCUUUAUCCAGAGUGGCCCGCGUUCGUGCAAGGCUUGAGGUCCCAACACGGUGUUCGCACGUUGUCAUACAUCAACACAUUCCUCGCCAACGUGUCUACCAAACCAGACGGCUUCCGACGUAACCUCUACGCUGAAGCCGAUCGCCUGCACUACACCGUCCAGAACACGACCACAAACUCAACCGCAAUCAUCUCCUCAGGCCCGGGGCUGGACGCAGGGAUCAUUGACCUAACUAACCCCGGCUUACGCUCAUGGUUUGGAGAAGUCAUGAGGUCGCAAGUUUGGAACUUCGCCAAUAUCUCCGGCUUCAUGUCAGACUUCGGCGAAUACACGCCAGUAACACCCGACACCUCACUAUACAACACGUCCGACGCCCUCUUCUUCCACAACUCCUACCCCUACCUCUGGGCCCAAUACCAACGCCAACUCGUGGAAUCUCUUGACCUCCAAGACGAAGCUCUGCUCUUCCAUCGCUCUGCCUCCAUGAACUCAAAUCGCUACAUGAACCUCUUCUGGGUCGGCGAUCAGAACGUUGACUGGGGUCUCAACGACGGUAUCAAGAGCGUCGUCACUAUUAUGACGCACAUGGGCUUAUCUGGCUACUCCCAACAACACUCCGACAUAGGCGGAUAUACCACCGUUUUGACCUACUCUGGUUUCAACAUCACCCGCUCCCCUGAGCUGCUUGGUCGCUGGGGCGAGCUGGCAGCCGUCUCGAGCGCAGUGUUUCGCUCGCAUGAGGGUAAUAUCCCGGAGGUCAAUGCACAGUUCUAUUCGAACGCGGGUACGUACGGCUACUACGCUUACAACGCCCGGAUGUUCGUCUCGCUGGCUCCGUACCGCCGGAAGAUCCUAGAGACGGAAUGUGCAACUCGUGGCUGGCCGCUGCUCCGUCCGCCGGUUAUGUAUCACACGGACGACGCCGAGGCGCGGAAGAUCAAUUACCAGAGCUUUUAUCUAGGUCCGAGUUUGUAUGUUGCGCCGGUGCUGGAUCCGCACACGUUUGAGCUGGAGGUGUACCUACCAGGACGGUGCGAGUUCACGCACGUCUGGACGGGGAUGCGGUAUCAUGGUGGGCAGAGAGUGAGAGUUGGGACGCCUUAUGGCAAACCGGCUGUCUUUCUGGUGGGAGGGAAUGAGAUGCCAGAGCUGGAGAGCUUUUUGCAGUUCGUGAAGCGCGAGAAUGGGACGAGCAUUGACGUUGCUUAG